UCCUCUUAAGAUUGAUCUCAUGUUUACAAGACUGUCUAUGCCAACUGUUUCUGAUAAGCUUGAUCUCAGAGAUGACUCGCAUCUCAGAAGCCUGGAUAUAAGAUAUAUAUGGACCUUAAAUGGCUGCAGAGUUACUGAUGAAAUACUACACCUAGUGCCAAUUAAAGAGAACAACUUCUGGCUCACGCUCCGUGCAAUUAAACUGUGGGCAAAACGUCUUGCAGUUACAAAUGAGAUUCUCCAAGGAAAAUCAGACUGGCCAAAGCUCUUUGAACCACAGAACUUCUUUCAGAAAUACAUACAUUAUAUUGUGCUGACUGCUAGUGCCUCUACUAAAGAGCAUCACUUAGAGUGGAUUGGCCUUGUGGAAUCUAAAAUUCGUGUGCUGGUUGGAAACUUGGAGAGGAAUGAAUUCAUAUCUAUUGCACAUGUAAAGCCACAGUCUUUCCCUGGCAGCCGAGAACUUUGUAAACAGAGUGGAUAUGUGUCAAUGUGGUUUCUUGGAAUCGUGUUUAGGAAAGUGGAGAAUGCAGAAAGCGCUAACGUUGAUUUAACGUACGUUAUACAGUCAUUCAACGAUACAGUUUACAGCCAGGCUAACUACCUCAAUGUGCUAAAGGAAGGUAUGAAGAUUGAGGCAGCUCAUGUGAAGAGAAAGCACCUCCACCAUUUUUUGCCUGCAGAAACCUUACAGAAAAGAAAGAAGCAAAGCAUGCCAGGUAGUAGUCAAAAUGCUAGUGGGCUUCAGGGCAAAAGGACUUCUUCGGAUGGAAGCUGUUUGGACAGUUCCAGAGACACGGACUCCAGAACACCAGAUAAUUCCUCUUCGUUACCUAAGAUUUCUAAAGUGGACACUGCUACAGCCGAGAGAGAAAGAAAUGCUGUGUAUACCUCGUGUAGCUGUGCCAUCAGUGUCUAAGGGACUCUCCAUUCCUAUUACAGAUUCAGGUAUGUAUUGAAGUAGUAGAUGGAAUGCAGUCUUUAAUUUCAUGGCUGAACUCUAGAAGCUCGGUGUCUCCUACAGAAAUGGAGGCUACAGUUGCAAUAAGAACACCGGGGCCUCCAGUUGGUUGCACCAUUCCAGAACAGAACACAGUUUCUCCACCCGGAGCACGUUUUGUCCCAGGACAGCAUGAAUUAAGUGGGACUCGAAUUACAGAUCCUAAGAACACGGCACUUAAAUGACCUUAUUCACUGACCACUGAAGGACCUCGCUCACCUACAUCAGAAGAACGCCCCAAAACACUAGCAGACGGAGAAAAGUUAACUGGCCAGGAUUCAGCAUUCAAAGAUGGAGACAAUCCAGAAGAUGGCAGCAGCAGAUCUACAGACAAUGGUGUUAAGAAGAAGUUUAGGAAGAAAUCAGGUUACUAGUUUCCUGGACUUGAUCCAGCAUAGGUCAGAUUACACGCUUUAUUUUAAUCUACCCUGACUCAACGCUUGGCCCAGUGCAGAGUGAUGUUGCUGUUCGGGAGUUUCCCUGGCUAUUGCAGAGGUUGGAUGCUGCCCCAGGACUAUGCAGAUUAGAUUACACCUGUUUUAAAUAAAGUUCAAACUGCA